GAAAGUAUAGGUGUGUGUGUGUGUGUGUGUGUGUGUGUGUGUGUGUGUGUGUGUGUGUGUGUGUGUGUGUGUGUGUGUGUGUGUGUGUGUGUGUGUGUGUGUGUGAGAGAGUGAGAAAACGCUGGUUUAUCUUUGGAGACUGUUGCCAUGGUGACCUGUAUUGGAGAUGUCCAUGUGGAAUACCACCUCCAUCUUUUCCUGACUUUCUCCUCCUGUCUUCUGUUUAGUUUUCCAUCAGCGGUGUUGAACAAAGCUCUCUGACCCCUAAAAAAAGUAGUAUAACAUGGAUGUAGAAAACCUCAAAACUACAAGUUACUAUAAUCAUUUUGCAAGGGAAAAGUACAAAAAAAUGGCACAAUUUGUUGAGUUUGUAGAUUUGUUUCUUUUUACCGUAAUUUUUUUCUUUUUAUUUCUUAACUAAAUUUUCUUAAAGGGGCAUUAUGGAAGUUUGACAGCCAAAACAUGUAUAGAAAUAAUACAUUCUCCUGCAAUGCCCUGGUCCUGUAGAGUGAGCCCUGGCAUUUUUAUUGUGAUUGCCUGUUUUUCUGUAAAAUCACAGAAAAAGAAAGCUGCUCGGGUCGAGCAGGCUGCUUCAUGCACGUUCACGCUCAGGCAUAGCCCUCCAAACCGUUCUUUGAACGUUGUUUCAGUUAUCAUUAGGAAUAUAAAUGUUACAAAUAUGAAGGACGUCGUUGGCGCUUUAGCUCGCCUAGAUAGACGUCGGACUUACUUGCAGAGAAUCCGGGUUCGAUUCUGGAUGCGAACAUAGUUUAGAGUUUCUUUUGCACAUUAAUGGUACAUUUUUUACAGUAAGAUGCCCACAUUUUUAUUUGAGACUCGCCGAACGGCAUUCAAUUCACAGAUAAAAAAGAUGUGGGUUCAACUUUAAUUUUGGAACAAUUUUUCAAGCAAGGGAAGGGAAUGAUCUGAGCAUGCAGGAGGACUGACCCAUCUUAAACCUUUGUCGGCUGUGCUGAAGAGAAAGGUACAGAACCAAAUUAUUUAAUAAAUUAGCUGCGCGUUCUCCUGUCCUCCGGGCCACACACACACACAAGGGACUGUCUCAGCUGUUAUUUUCGUUAAGGAGUGUGCACGUACAGCAUGCGCGCCUCGUGCACGAGCCUACAAUUGAAGCUGCCGUUACGCUUUUGGCCUGAAGGGGGCAAUCGCGAGCAUAAAAAUUCAAAACUCUGUAAAGUCCCUUUAAAGCUUUACUUAGGCUCAGUUUUGAAAUAAUCCACACUGAUUAUUAUUUGCUAAUAGUGUAUCGCUCAAAGGAAAAGCUCUAAAUCAGCAGAUUUUAGUGCAUCAGUGAGGGUUUGUGUUUCUGAUGAGAAUUUGAGGGAUUUAUCAGCUGAGAAGAGUUUGCCUUCCUUCGUCUCAUCUUCUAGAAAGUGAAGCUCUUCAGUCCCAUGAGAGGGCUUGUCAUCUGAGAGGAGGUGGAAGCAUUUAAUAGGAGAUGGACGACUGGAAAAUCUAAUUUGUUCUGCCAGAAUCUUUAAUCAGUCGACAGGUGCAGGAAACGGGCUGUUCAGGUUAUUCCAGGCAAAGUUUUUACAAGGCUUCAAGUGAAGACAGGAGCCACAGCGCUGCGUUUAGAGCAGCUGUGGGUGAAUCCUGCUGCCACGGGGUCAGGGUUUUCUCUCAAGAGGACAGGAAACAGCCAACAAAGACGUGUCCCCUCCUCCUCCCGUCCUCUCGACUCAGCUGCCCUGAGAGAGGAAGUGGAUAGCGGGAGAGAGGCUGAUGUCUGACAGCCAGGCCGAUGGAGUUAAACGUCAGAGCUGCUGACAUGAGUCUGUCUCCAGAUUGUCAAAACAAGACCUUCGCUCUCAGGGACGACAUGUCAGCAAAGAAGCAACGCAGAGGGAGGCGGCGGCUACACAUCCUGUGUUGUGAAUGCAGCACAUCCCUGUCCCACUGGUAUUAUGAGAAAGAUGGGCGACUUUACUGCAAGACAGACUACUGGGCCAAAUUUGGGGAGUUGUGCCAUGGCUGCAACGACCCGAUCACCACCGGGCUCAUCAUGGUUGCAGGGGAACAGAAAUAUCACCCAGAAUGCUUCAGCUGUCUGAGCUGCCGGACUUUCAUCGGUGAUGGAGACACGUACGCUCUGGUGGAGAGAUCCAAACUCUACUGCGGUCACUGUUACCACCAGACCAUCGUCACCCCAGUGUCACUGCCGGACUCGCCAUGUUCCCAGAUCCCUCACACCGUCACACUCGUGUCCAUCCCAGCUACCGACAAGAGCGACAAUGGACGCAAGGGGCGGGGAUUCUCUGUGGCCAUCGACCAGCCGAUCAGCCCAACCAACGGCUACGGUCCUGAGCAGAGAUGCACCGUUAGAGUCUCGCAAGUGGAUGCUGACUGCAUCAGCCCAGAUGUGAAAAACUCCAUCCAUGUUGGAGACAAGAUCCUGGAGAUCAACGGGACACCCAUUCACCAUGUUCCUCUGGACGAGAUUGACCUGCUCAUCCAGGAGACGAGCCGCCGACUGCAGCUCACCAUCGAGCACGACCCACAUGCUCAGAGGAAAGAGCGAAGCUCCUCAGAGGCUGAAGAUCAGGUAGAUGGAACUCUAUCCACCCCCAUGUCAGGGGGCCCCAGCCCCAUUCUGCCCAUCACCCAGCCCCCCAACCAUGACAUCAGCAACCUGAAAUCCCGCAUCAUAACGCGGAGCUACAGUAUUGAUAAGUCUCCAGGCUCCAGUAACGCUGCGUCGCCCAUUUCCCAGAGGAAGGAAAUCAAUCGGUCAGAGUCGCUCCGGGUCAUGUCCAAUCGGACUCACCGCAUCUUCCGCCCGUCUGACCUCAUCCACGGAGAAGUGCUUGGAAAGGGAUGCUUCGGGCAGGCCAUCAAGGUGACGCACAGGGAGACCGGGGAGGUGAUGGUGAUGAAAGAGCUAAUUCGCUUUGAUGAUGAGACACAGAGAACAUUCCUGAAGGAGGUGAAAGUGAUGCGAUGCCUCGAUCACCCCAACGUGCUCAAGUUCAUCGGAGUCCUCUACAAAGACAAGAGACUCAACUUCAUCGCAGAGUACAUCAAGGGAGGAACCCUGAGGGAAACCAUCAAGAAAAUGGACAGUAACCAUCCCUGGAACCAGCGGGUCAGCUUCGCCAAGGACAUCGCUGCUGGGAUGACGUAUCUCCAUUCCAUGAACAUAAUUCACCGGGACCUGAACUCACACAACUGUCUGGUGCGAGAGGACAACACUGUGGUGGUGGCAGACUUCGGUCUGGCUCGGCUCAUGGUGGAUGAUAAGCUUGAAGGAAAGCUGGCGCAGGGAAAACUGUCUGCGGGCCUGAAGAAGCCUGACCGUAGAAAGAGGUACACUGUGGUGGGGAACCCGUAUUGGAUGGCUCCUGAGAUGAUCCACGGAAAAAGCUACGAUGAAAGAGUCGACAUAUUUUCUUUUGGCAUCAUGCUCUGUGAGAUAAUUGGUCGAGUGAACGCAGACCCAGACUACCUCCCCAGGGCUACGGACUUUGGACUCAACGUUUCUGGCUUCCUGGAGCACUUCUGUCCUCCUGAUUGUCCCCCUGCUUUCUUCCCCAUGGCUGCUCUUUGCUGUGACCUUGAUGCAGACAAAAGGCCUGCUUUUUCCAAACUGGAGGAGUGGCUGGAGAACCUGAAGAUGCACUUGGACAUUGGUCUGCCCCUGAUGUCUGAACUGGACCAGCUGCACAAGUCCUUCUGGGAGCGCCACAGCGUCAAACACCCUGAGAACGGCCUGCACACUCAUCCUGAGCAGCCUGAGUAGGGUCCAUCACCACAAGAGGAACGAGAAGGUGGAGUUAGCCCAACGCGAGGCAGCGAUCGCCCACCUCAGGUGGCACAGCAUGGCUGGAGGAGACGUGUUCUGACUUCUCCACGAUGGAGGCAGGCAACACUGGCUUUAGCUGGUUCCAGCCACACAAAUAGACUCAGGGGGAAAAGGUGGAUGUAAAAAAGCCACUGAGAGAUGCACACGACCAUGCUUCAGCUGAAGCUAUAUUUAUACAUGCAAUCAGAAAAAAGUUCAAAACAAGACUUUUGAACCAUGUAGAUAUCACACACAGAGUGAUCGCACCAGUUGGGCAUACUGUAAAAAAUUAACUGUAGCUGCUUUUCUCUGAGUACAUUGUGCAGUUUGCGCUUUCCGGUGUUUCUGUGUGCAUUUGUUUCUUCAUUCGGUUCAGAUCUCCAAACUAAACCUGAAAAUGCAACUAAGAAAAGCCAGUUUGUUGUCUUAGAGACGAUGUUUGUCGAUCCACGUGUACAAGUGAAGCAGAUCCUUCCAAUUGAACAUCUUAGGCGUGUUCUUACUGUGUCGUGGUUCUAAUUCCAUGCUGUCGUUCUUUUUAAAACACAGAAACAGUUUUGUUUACCUGUUUUGUCGCUACGUUUCGCCGGCGGCUGCAGGCUUCCUCAGCCUGAGGACAAAACAGGUAAACAAAACUAUUUCUGUGUUUUAAAAAGAACAACAGCAUGGAAUUAGAUCCUUCCAAGUUUUAAGUGUCUUACUGAAGACCAGGUCUGAAGGUCAGGUCCUGGUUCAUCAUGUCUCAACCAUUUAAAGUGUAGCACUGACUUUACAUUAAGGUACACAUCUAAAUCUGUACGUUGUGUCUGAGCUUAAAGAGCUGUUUGCACAUUUUCUUCACGUUUGGCAUUUAAACACAAAGCAGGCGACACUGUAAAUGUUUUAAAUAUUGUAAAUAUACAGACAUAUUUUAUAUAAAUGCUACAUUGCCAUAUUUUUAUUGGUCGACCAGAAGAAAAUGAGAGUAAAAAAGCAUUUUAAAGGCAUGUUCUAAAAAUUAUCUAAAUUAGUCAACACUGUGCCAGAGCGGCACCAGAAAACAUCUCUAAACCUCAGUUUCCAGUCAAUAAAUAACUCUUGAAAUAUUUUUUUUUUGUAAUUGAUUAUAGAAAAAAAAUUAAAUUUGCAAAAGCUUUUCUGAUUGGCUCUAGUGACAGUCCUCCUCUUAGCGCUAACACUUUAGUUUGCUGUAAUUGUGACUGAGAGGUUAAAGAGGAGGGUUAAGGUUAGGACACGUGAUACUCUGAGGGUUAACAACUGACCUAUAAUUCCCUCUUUUCUGAUGCACUGUAGUGUGUUGGCAUAUUAUCAUCAUUGACUGCCUCAGUUGUUGGUCCACAAACCGUGUUGUACCCUGAGGAUGACUCAUCGUUUGUUUACAUAUAAAAGCUAGCUGUUCUGUAAAUAUCGCUGUUUAUUCUGUCCAUACACCCGUCUGCGUGCAUCGUUUUAACACGCACACUCAGAAAACAUCUCCGUUGUAUGUCCCUUGCACCUUCUAACGUAGGUUUUCUGUCUUUAAAGAUCUUUUAAUUCUUGCUGGGUUUUUGGGUUUUUUUUUCCUGCAAGCUGCAUGAUGUAGUGGCUAGAUCUCCUCUGCUUCUACUCUUAUGAUGUUUUAGUCUAUAAAUAUUGUGGAUUUUUAAUAAAAAAAACUAUGAAAGACAAAAAGAUGAAACUGCAAAAAGCAGGGCUGAUAAUAAUAAGAAAAUACACGUUAAAAAGGCAUCUUUUUUUCAAUUUCUACACUGAAAUCCCUUUUUUAUACAUUCGAGUACUUUUAUUUGCACUAAAUGGCAGUUUGAAGCCAUUUUUUUUCUCGAGCUUCUUGUGAUAAGGACAUGCUUUAUGUCAGUUCAGGUUGAUAUAUGAAUGCAAGCCACUGAUGGAGCCUUUCAACUGUUAAUAAGGGUUCUGGGAACUUGGCGCUCUCAAUAGCAAACAAGAGUUUUUGAGUUUGGUGUUGAGAGGUUGUGAUGUCUUAGUUUUGCCUGCUGCCUAAAGACCGGUCCUUUGUGAACGACGUUCUGUGUUGUUGCUCAGCUACAGUUGCGAUGCCCGCCCAGCAUGCAAACGCUGCUGAUAGUCAGACACCUAAACUGGCCUCCUGCACUUCUUCCUCAUCCUUUGGCUCAGGGCCGUAAAAAGCUGUCUUCACCUAUUUAUGCUUCACGCCAGACGUGUCCGUGAGGACCACUAAGAAUGUUGUUGCACCACUUCUUUGCAAAGGAUCGUUACCUCUGAACAAUGCUGUGCCUUUGUUGUAAGCUAGCCUUGCCAACGACUCGAAAACAUGAACUGAUUUCCUGUUUUUUAUCACGUAUCACAACUGCAAGCCUAAUUCAAGUGAACUGAAUAUCAUAGCUGAUUACAUGUUGUGUUUGUAUCAUAUUUAUAGUUUCCAGAUCUGCAUUGUAAGUUUUGAUAUUUUAAUACUGUAGAUCUGUUUUUGUCUUAUUUAAUGUUUUUUUACACAAGCUGUGAAAACAAUUCUGCACUUUAAUCCUGAACGUGAACAUUCAGACUCUGAGGAGUUGACUGUGUUUGGUUUCCUUUUGAUCACAGCUUUGAAUAAAACUGUUACUCCUUAAACAGA